GACGUGUGAAGGUCUUCGUUGAGGGUGUGUUUACAUUGACGUCCCAGGGUUUUGUUAACAGGACCAUUUCCUGAUACAUCAGCGUCAUGUUCCAUGGUAUAGCAGGUACAGGAGGAGUGGGUGGAGCUCCAGCUAAUAAACCCGAGUUGUAUGAGGAAGUGAAACUUUACAAAAAUGCAAGGGAACGAGAAAAGUUUGACAACAUGGCAGAAUUGUUUGCUGUCGUGAAGACCUUGCAGGGGCUGGAGAAGGCUUACAUUAAAGACUGUGUAACACCUAAUGAGUACACUGGUUCCUGUUCCAGGCUCCUGGUUCAGUAUAAGGCUGCUUUCAAACAGGUGCAGGGCUCUGAUGUUGGCUCCAUCGACGAUUUCUGUAGAAAGUACAGACUUGACUGCCCACUAGCAAUGGAGAGGAUUAAAGAGGAUCGGCCAAUCACCAUCAAGGAUGACAAGGGCAACCUGAACCGUUGCAUUGCAGACAUAGUUUCUCUCUUCAUUACUGUGAUGGACAAACUGAGACUGGAGAUCAGAGCCAUGGAUGAGAUCCAACCAGACCUGAGAGAGUUGAUGGAAACCAUGAACAGAAUGAGCAACAUGCCUCCAGAUUCCGAAGCAAAAGACAAAGUUAACCUCUGGUUGUCCACCCUCAGUGGCAUGUCUGCCUCAGAUGAGCUGGACGAUAACCAGGUUCGUCAGAUGCUGUUCGAUCUGGAGUCAGCCUACAACGCCUUCAACCGCUUCCUCCACUCCUCCUAAAUCUUUUGUCCACUAUAGACACCUCUGUGUGGAACUCUAACUUAAUAAUAAAACUUUACUUUCUUCUGAUUGUUUUGGCAGGGAGUAGAUUCAUAUCUGGACAGUUUUCAGUCCCACAUCUCCACGUUUUUCAUUUUUUCUGUACAUCAAGUUCUUGUGUUCAUUAAUCAAUUCAUGUAUAGUUCAAACUCUGCUGCCUUGUACCGUAUACUCCAUUGUUUCUGGUUCAUCAUGCCAACUGCAGCCUUGCUUUGUGGGUUUGUCUCAUAUUAUAAGCUGAUUAUUUAGCCUUUUUUAUACUCAAAUGUGUAAAAAAAAAAUUGGGCUCUUUAUUCUGGCCUUAACAGAACAAUUUCCUCUUAAUUUUGUACUAUGAGAUCUACUUAUUCUAAUUUUAUAACUAAAUUUGACAGAGCACCAACGAAAAAAAGCAUUUUAAAGAUGUGAAGGUUGAAAAAACAGCUGAAGUCUUUAUGUUUCUUUAAUUGUGUCUGUUGUGUCAUCUAUGACUGUCUAGAUUUCAUAUCAUAUGUUUUUACUGUAAAAUCUUGUAACUCUGUAAAUAGAGUCAAAGAAACAGGCUUUGGCGACAGUUCAUCUGUGUUGCUUGUCAGUUCUCAGGCAAAAUAGUUAUUUGUCUUGAACACUCCUUGUUAUAGUAGAGAUGCUGAGGUGGAAAGAAUGUGGUUUUUGUUGUUGAUUUCUUGUUUUCCUCUCUCUGUACUUUAACGUGUCUAAUCCAGAUUUUUGUUAGAAAAGAGGGCUUCAUCGCAACAUAAAUGGGCAAAAUGAGGGUAGACAGACCAUUUCAUUUUGCUUGCUAAAUAUGUUUCAACCUUCAAACAUUAGGGAAAACAUAUUUAUUACGAUCAUUGUAAAUAAUAGUGUUAAUUUUUAAAUAAAAGCAUGUAAGAGCUUUUUAGAAAUAAAUAAAAAU